CUGUCGCAUAUAAAGAAGUCUUUCCGACGAGGCAGGCCGACAUGCCGCCUAAACUCCACCGCAUCAGCUGGCAAGACCUGGCGCGAAUUUCGCGACGGUUCGACGGCAGCAGGAACUUCUUCGUCGAUUCCGGCUUUAGGGACAGCGUCGCCGCACGAACGAAUUUCAGUACAAUUUAUGUCACGAAGACGUUCAACAACAGCCGUUCCAUACAUCUGUUAACACCGUCGGCCUUCAGGAACGAGAGAGCCCGCAAGAUGCCACACGCCGUCGAUAUUUACCAUCAGUCCCCAUUCCCGAAAUUUCUGGUGACCCACGCAGCGAAAAAUCCGUCGGUCAAAUAUGAUUACGAUUACAUUGGCAAAACACCGUUAUUGAAUGCGUCCGCGGUAGAAAUCUCGGCGAAGCUCCGCCACUACAUCGAGGAGUGUGCUUCUCUGUGCUGUCCCAAGGACAUCUACAUCUGCAACGGCACAGACGCGGAAUACGUGCAACUUCUGAAUAUUCUGCAGAAAAACGGCACUAUCGAGAAUUUACCGAAAUAUGAAAAUUGCUGGCUGGCUAAAACGAACCCUGCGGAUGUCGCACGCGUUGAGAAACGCACCUUCAUCAGCACAGACGUGAAGAACGACACCAUCCCUACACCGCGAAAAGGUACAAUCGGAGAGCUCGGCAACUGGAUGUCUCCGAACGACAUGGACGACGCUAUCUUGCAACGUUUUCCGGGUUGCAUGAAGGGACGUACCAUGUACGUGAUUCCCUUCAGCAUGGGGCCCGUGGGCUCGCCGCUUUCAAAAAUCGGCAUCGAGAUUACCGACUCGGCUUACGUGGUAUGCUCGAUGAGGGUGAUGACCAGGAUGGGAGGUAAGGUGCUCGAGACGCUGGGGAACGACGACUUCGUCAAGUGUUUGCAUUCGGUGGGCAUCCCGAGGCACGAUUCCAAGACCGUCGUGAACUACUCGUGGCCGUGCGAUCCCGAAAGAACGAUUAUUCUACACCGACCCGCGAAGAACGAGAUCGUGUCUUACGGAAGCGGUUACGGCGGCAACUCUUUGCUAGGGAAGAAAUGCUUCGCCCUCCGUAUCGGCUCGACGAUAGCCAGGAAAGAAGGAUGGCUCGCCGAACAUAUGCUCAUAUUAGGCAUCACGAAUCCGAAGGGCAAGAAGCGUUACAUCGCCGCCGCUUUCCCGAGUGCGUGCGGCAAGACGAAUCUUGCGAUGAUGCAGCCCACUUUGCCGGGUUACAAGAUCGAGUGUGUCGGUGACGACAUCGCGUGGAUGAGAUUCGACGAUAAGGGACGAUUGCGCGCUAUCAAUCCGGAGAACGGAUUCUUCGGCGUCGCGCCUGGCACGAGCUCCGGCACAAAUCCCAAUGCCAUGAGGACGAUCUUCAGGAAUACCAUUUUCACCAACGUGGCCUCAACCAGCGACGGCGGAGUGUAUUGGGAAGGAAUGGAGAAAGAAAUCGGGGAUAACGUUCAGGUGGUAGACUGGAGAGGCAACGAUUGGUCCAGAGGCACGAAGACGCCGGCUGCGCAUCCGAACUCGAGAUUCUGCACGCCGGCUAAGCAAUGUCCCAUAAUCGAUCCCGCUUGGGAAGAUCCAACCGGUGUUCCGAUCGACGCUAUACUAUUCGGAGGCCGAAGGCCCGAAGGCGUGCCUUUAAUUUACCAGGCUCGAAGCUGGCAGCACGGCGUUUUCAUCGGCGCCUCGAUGAGGUCCGAGGCUACCGCCGCCGCUGAGCACAAGGGUAAAGUGAUCAUGCACGAUCCGUUCGCGAUGAGACCGUUCUUCGGCUACAACUUCGGGCAUUAUCUCGCGCACUGGCUGAGCAUGGCGAACGUGAAAAACGCCAAGCUGCCGGCGAUAUUCCACGUAAACUGGUUCAGGAAGAGCCCGAGCGGCAACUUCCUCUGGCCGGGAUUCGGCGAGAACUCCCGCGUACUCGACUGGAUUCUCCGAAGGAUCGACGGCGAGGACAUCGCCGCGGAGUCGGCCAUCGGCCUGUUGCCGACACCUGGAUCUAUCAACGUUGAAAAUCUCAACGAGGACGUGGACAUGACGGAGUUGUUCCGGCUGCCGAAGACCUUUUGGCAAAAGGAGGUCGAAGAUUUGGGGGAGUACUUUGACGCUCAAGUGGGACGAGAUUUACCCGAGGCAAUCGCAUUGGAGCUCAAACGUCUUUCCCAUAACGUCGAUAAUCUUUAAUUUCCUCACGCUCAUCCACCGAGCGCACAAUCGACGUGUUGAUAUCCGUUGCUAAGAAAAAUUCCAAGUAUUCAUAUCUGAGGGUAAAGUUUCGCGCGGCUGGGGUCCGGGAAUAAUCGAAAGGAGCACUGACCGAUUUCCGACUGUAAUUUCUCUCGUCGGUGCUCUUGAUUAAUCUCGCUUAACAGAAACGAAGAUAUUACUUGCAAAUGCGAAAAUCGACUACCAGCAUGUGACAAGGAGAAAUUUUUAAUAUACACACUCAGACGGCAGGAACUUCUAAAAGACAUCUUCGGGACAUCUUGAAGAUGUCUAAAGAUAAACAUCCUUAUUUUUUCAAACGUCUUUUAGAAGCUCCUAUUUACUUGGGUGCGUGUGACUACAAAAUACAACAAUGUUUCCUAUAUAUCUUA